AUGGCUCGCUGGAUUAAAGUCAGCUUUUUUUUAACUUUUUUAAAUUUCAUUUUGCCUUGUAUUGCACCAAGUACAACAAGUGCUACAAAUUCCAACGGACUCUUGGAUGCAUUUCGUCUCCAUUAUGAGCAGUUCCAUGCUCUUCUAGUCAGCGUCUAUACCGAGGAAACAGAUCCAUUCUUGCUCCGACUUCUGGGUGAAGAUUUAGAAGAGUUCAGUCAUACUGUAAAUCAGCAUCAUGAUAUCUUUGAGCCAGAAGAGUUACAGACUUUACGCACUGGCCAUACAGGCCAUCGUGGUCGUCCUCGUACUGUAAUCAACACAGACUUCCUUUCAUGGGCCUAUGGACAUCGCACUACUUCUGGGAUUAGUGACUUCCUUGGAGUUUCUAGGGCUACCGUCAGGCGUCGUCUACUUGAAAAUCAAAUUGCACUUCCCGGAACCAAUCCAUUUCCUGACUCCUUGAUAGAUAACUCGGUACUGCCUGAAGUUCCUGAGGACAACGCAAUAGAUGGAGUGCUAGGCAAUGAAAUGGAAGUUCCUGUAUCUUUACCUGAUGCAAUAUACACCGAAGCUGCAUCCAUUGCCUCAACUUCUUCUUCAGCCACUUAUUUGUCAAGCAUAUCGGAUGACCAGCUAGAUUCUCUGCUGGGACAUUUGAGGGUCUAUUACUGUCGCGCAGGAAUCCGCAUGCUUGAUGGUAUGCUUCGUCGACUGGGCCAUAUUGUACCUUAUGAGCGUAUCCGAUCUUCACUCCUUCGGAUCGAUCCCAUUCAGCGGGUGUUUGACCGCAUUCGCAUCCGUCGUCGAGGUUAUUCUGUUCCAGGUCCUAAUUCGCUAUGGCAUCACGAUGGUCAUCACCGUAAAUCCAUUCACAACGUCCGCAUAGAGCGUCUAUGGGUAGAUGUCAGUCACUAUGUUAGCCAAACCUGGCAUGACUUAUUCACGCACCUGGAGCUGCACCAUGGCCUUGACAUCUCAAAUACAAAUCACAUAUGGCUUCUUCAACAUCUCUUCCUCUCAACAAUCAAUGAACAGUUAACUUUUUGGGCUGAAGGAUGGAAUAAUCAUCGGAUUUCACAGCGCAAUGGUCCAUCCCGAUCACCAGAGGAUAUGUUUGGGUUUGACAUGAUUGCUAAUGGCUUACGGGGAGGUUCAUUGGAUGAGGUUUCCAUGACCGACGAGGAACUUGAGGUCUUUGGUUUGGACUGGGAUGGGUUGAGAGACGAAGUACUAUUGCGGUCUCUCAGGCAGAACUACAAUAACGAGGGCUCUAGUUCAUGGCUUGGGCAGCGGGGACCACCUCCGGAGUUGAACCAAGUAGUAGUUGAUCCACCUCCUGGUCUAUUCACUUUGGAGCAGAUUGCUUGGAUGGAUGAGCAGCUUUCAAGACUUGCACGUGGUCCUCAGGAAGAAGAUGUAGUACGGCUGUGGAUUACUGCCCUUGCAAUUGCAAGAUCCAUGACUGGUAAUAAUUCAACCUACUUUUAA